AUGGAUUCAGAUGAAUUCGACGACGAUAUUGCCGACGAGGAUCUGAUCAUUGCCGCUACGCAAGUCCAAACCUCAAACCGCGUCCAGUCUGCCAAGCUCAAUAACGGGCGAUUUCAGCCCCACGUCCAACACACUCCAGCUCAGAUACGCCAGACGACAUCAGCGGUACGAAAGACCUCGUCAAACCUCAAUGGCUCCUCCUCGUUCGUUGAUCUCGCGGAUCUCCCCUCGAAUGCAUUCUCGAGUUCACCCGCUAGUGCGGCGCUGAGCGGCCAAGCCCGCAGAGGCUUUCGGCCAGCGCCACCAGUGGGUGGUCCAGCAACUUCGUACAGACAGACAACACUAUUUGGCCAAACCGCUCUGGCACGUCAAGAACCGGAAUCUACACAGCCGAAUAAGAAUCGGGUGUUCCGCGCAGAUUUACCACCAGAGGCACCAACUCACCAUGAUGUUGAUCUGGAGGCGAUGAAGACGUGGGUAUACCCUACAAAUCUGGGCCCGACCCGUGACUACCAAUAUAGCAUCGUCAAGAAUGGCCUGUUUAACAAUACUCUCGUGGCCUUACCGACCGGAUUGGGGAAAACGUUCAUUGCGGCUACCGUCAUGCUAAAUUACUUCCGCUGGAUGAAGACUGCCAAAAUCAUCUUCGUGGCCCCUACCAAACCUCUUGUCUCACAGCAAGUCGACGCCUGCUUUCAUAUUGCUGGCAUGCCCAGGUCGCAGACCACCCUCCUGACGGGUGAGAUACCGCCAGCCCUCCGAGCUGAGGAAUGGGAGUCUAAGAGAGUCUUCUUUAUGACUCCCCAGACGCUGGAGAACGAUCUUUCCUCCGGAUUCGCCGACCCCAAGUCUGUCGGUUUACUCGUUGUGGACGAGGCCCACAGGGCAACCGGAAACUACUCAUAUGUAAAAGUCGUCACCUUUUUACGACGCUUCUCGACCAGCCUACGUAUACUUGCUCUCACCGCCACCCCUGGCUCCAAGGUUGAGGCAGUCCAAGAAGUUAUUGACAACUUGGGUAUUUCACACGUGGAAAUCCGCACGGAGGAAUCGAUUGACAUCCGCCAAUACGUCCACCAGAGGGAUGAAGAUAUUGUUGUCCUGGACCCGUCCGAUGAAAUGAAUUACAUCAAGGAGAUGUUCUCUAAAGCGUUGAAACCCCUGGUUGACAAGCUGAGCCAGCAAAACAUAUAUUUUGGACGUGAUCCAAUGUCGCUUACCACGUAUGGUCUGGUCAAAGCUCGGCAGGACUGGAAUAGUCGUGGUGGGCACUCUGCUAACCAAGGAGUCAAAUUCAUGAUGAUGGCCGUCUUUGCCGUACUCGGCAGCUUGGCCCACAGCAUUAAGUUGCUAAACUUCCAUGGCAUCAGGCCAUUCUACGAUAACCUGGUUCAGUUCCGGGACGAAACAGAGGGCAAAGGCGAGAAGGGAUCAAAGUACAAACGUCAGAUUGUCGAAGCCCCAAGUUUCCAGGAGAUGAUGACCAAAAUUGCUGCUUGGUCAAAGAAAGAUAAUUUUGUCAGCCACCCGAAGAUUACCUGUUUAUCCGAUACCGUCUUAAACCAUUUUAUGGAUGCGGGCGAAGGUCGAGAAGGCGGUUCUUCCUCUAACACCAGGAUCAUCGUCUUCAGCGAGUACCGAGACAGCGCUGAGGAUAUUGUGCGAACUCUCAAUACCCACAAACCCAUGAUCCGGGCUGCAGUGUUCGUGGGACAGGCCGAUUCCACCAGGUCAGCAGGUAUGAAGCAAGCUGAGCAGAUCGAAAGGAUCAAGAAAUUCAAGAACGGCGAUUACAAUGUGCUUGUCGCAACUUCCAUCGGAGAAGAAGGUCUGGAUAUUGGUCAAGUCGACCUGAUCAUAUGUUAUGAUGCUUCUGCGUCGCCAAUUCGAAUGCUCCAGAGAAUGGGACGUACGGGGAGAAAACGAGCGGGACGUGUCGUCCUACUUCUCAUGAGAGGCAAGGAAGAGGACAAUUACUCCAAAUCCAAAGACGGCUACGAGAAAAUGCAGGUCAUGAUCUGCGACGGAAGCCGCUUCAAUUUCCGCCAUGACCUUUCCACAAGGAUAGUACCGAGAGAUGUUCGACCGGAAGUCGACAUGAGGCCUGUGGACAUUCCGAUAGAAAACACCCAGGUUUCGGGGCUACCAGAACCAAAGAAAAGCCGAGCUCGAAAAAAGAAACCCGCCAAGAAAUUCAACAUGCCGGAUGGUGUCGAGACGGGCUUCACAAGUGUUGCAGCCAUGAUGGGCAAGCAUCCAGCCAGGAAAACGAAAACACCCAAAGCCCCUGUCGAGGAGGACGAGGUGGCUGCUAUUCCCGGACUUGACCAGGUUUUGCUUCUUGACCAGCAGCGCGCGGAACUGAACAGGUCCUAUAAGUCCUCGCCGAAUCACCACCAAGAUGAGAUGGAACUCAUCGAGCAGGUGGAUCUGACAGCACAUCCCGCCGCGCAGAGAAAGCGACAGAAAACAGUUGACCUGAAACAUGGGGCUUAUACAAAGCGGUGCGCGAAACUCAUCCAGACUCUAGCAAAGUCCCAAUCCGCCGCAGAUCGCUUCACCAGGCCGUAUCAGGAUCUGGACAGGGACCGCUACAAGGAGCUUCCUCUACCGGUCGAGGGCUCUGAAACAGAAGCUGAAGCCCCUGGAACAGGACCACCACGCAAGAAAAGGAAGACGGCUUCUUUCAGCGAUCCCGAAGAGGUUGACGACGAUGACGAACCUGAAGACCUAUACGCUGUCCUCUGUCGUGCCCGUCCUGCAAAGAAAGCUCCAGUCCGCAAGAAACAGGCCACAACUCGUACCAGUGUUCUCCAAGACGUCGAUGAAGACGAGGAAGGACGAGCGCUGCCACCGCCUGCACGAAAACGCGCAACGGCUCCUAAAACAAAGAAGACGGUACCGAAAGCUGCAGGCCCAAAACGGGCACGUGGACGACCGAAGAAAAACAAGUCGACGGGGGUCUACGAUGAGAGUGCAGACGAAGGUGACGACUGCCGACGCACGAGCGACCUCGAGCUGACCGACGAGGACGACGACGGUGCCGACCUCGUCGACUUCGUCGUAGGGGAUGACGUUGCGACUUCCAGCAACUUCGUCACAUCGAGCAUUCAGGGGCGCUCCACAUCACCCACGUCUCCGUCCACGCCGUCCACCAUCACCCAUCAUUCAUCGGCAAAAACAGGGGAGAAGCCGCCGAAGCCGAAGCCGUACUACGAACCAAUGUCAUUUCCAGAUACGCAGGACGACGACGACGACGACGACAUCGACAUGCCGUCCAUGAGUCAGCUUGUUAGGAACAACGGACCAUCACGGAAUACUGCUGCCGGGACUUCGAAAAUCGGUAGCAGAGACGUGUUCGACAUUGAAGAUGAGGAUGAAGAAGAUGGCGGCGACGAUGAUGAUGAUGAUGAUGAUGAUGAUGAUGGGCCCCUCCAGCGAGGCCGGGGCAGGCUGAAGAAGAACAGGAGAGUCGUGCUCGAUGAUGACGAGGACGAGGACGGGUGA